GCACAAUUUGAAUCCGUCUCAAAUGAUGACAAGUGUGGGAUAUCAAGAAUUAUGAGUAAAGAGAGCCCAACAUCAGGAUCAGAUAAGACUAUACACUUUGAACUAGCAGGAGCCAUAAACGAAAUUACCCCAUUCGUUAAAUCUGUAGCAAAAUACAAUGAGCUUCCAUAUGGAGAAGAAAAGGCCUUCCUUGUCAUAGAAACACUAGAAAAUGAGAAAAUUGUAGUGGAAAUCACAGAACAAGAACCUGCUGUAAUUGCAGUUGAACUAAGUGAAAAUUGCCUGUGCUCAAAAGAUUGUGACAUUUAGCCAGAAAGCAUGAUGGAAGAUAAUGAUAGAUCUGCAUAUAUUGUGAAGCCCAUUAUAGAUAUUCAAGAUGAUCAGGGUGAACAGGCUAGCGGUACCCACGCCAUUGACAAUGAAGUUGAUAUCAGCUUUGAAAUGGAAGGUCUGAACUCAGGCCAGGAUGUUGAUUUUGAUCGCAUUGAUAUUGAUGAGAAUAUUGAAAAGUUUGUUCAAGAACAGAAUGAUGCUCUCUCUAAGCAAAACACUGAUGCUGUCCCAGAGCCAGAUAAAGCCAUUGAAACUGUCACCGGAGCACUCACUGAAUCAGAUAAAGCAAGUGAGACUGUGACUGAUGCUCCUCUAGAGCCAGAUAAAGCCAUUGAAACUGGGACUGAUGCUCAUCUGGAGCCAGAUAAAGCCAUUGAAACUGCCACCGAAGCACUCUCUGAAUCAGAUAAAGCUAGUGAGACUGUGGCUGAUACUCCCAUAGAGCUAGCUAAAGCCAUUGAUACUGUGAUUGAUGCUCCUCUAGAGCCAGAUAAAGCCAUUGAAACUGUUACUGAAGCACUCUCUGAAUCAGAUAAAGCUAGUGGGACUGUGACUGAUGCUCC